CACUUACACAAUAACAAAAAGAUCCAGAAGAAAUGUAGCUGGUGAAAAUAAUUCAUUUAUUCAAGUUGGAUGCUUGAGAGAGGAAGUUAAAAAAUUGCGAAUAUUUAAAAAGAUAGCACAGCACAUGAAGCGACAUCUGAAAGUCAAUUAUGAAAGGAAUUUUAAGUCAAAAGUGCAUAUAUUCCAAGGAAAACUAUAUUAACUUAAUUAAGGAAAUCAAAUUACAUCAAUUUAAUAGAGGAACAAGUGGAUUUAAUAGUAAACAAUGUAUGACGCGGGAAUUUUCCUGAAAAAUUAUCUUGAUUUUGUAGAAGAAGUUCCGAAUUAUAUGCAACAAUUGAUCACUAAAUGCAGAGAAGUGGAUUAUAAGACAAAAAAUUUAAUUUCAGAAGUACAAAAGAUGUGCGAUAAAAUGACUACGCAAUCCGAUAAGAAGUCAUCAUUAAAAAUGCAACAAAUUUUAGUUAAAAUAACCGAAUUAAAGGACGAAAAGAUACAGCUGAGUCAAUCAUUAACAUCACAUAUUGAAAGUAGAUUAAAAACAGUUGCUGAUUCAUAUCAACAAAAUCUCGUUGUUAAGCAGGAAAGAAGUCCAACACCAAAAAGUAUACCAGUAUCUACAAUCCAACAAACUGCUACAAAUAGUACAAAACAGACUCCAACUUCACCAAAUCCAACACCCACAAUCAGUAUACCUCCUGAAUGUCCUGAGAAGACUACAAAACGAGUUCGAAAAACACGAAUUGAUAAUUUGGACGUUGAUUUAACGGACGAUAGCUUAUUACCACCAGCAAAGACAAUUGAAAAGUCACAACAGGCUACAGGAAAUGCUACAAAGCGAGCAUCAUCUACAAAUGCAACUAAAAAGGCGAAAAAACGAAAACCAACAAAGAAGCAGCUUGCACAAAGCGCACAAGAGGCAAUGGAUGAAGUGAUUCAAGAAGAAGGAAUUACUGAUGAGACAACAUACUGUAUAUGUCAACAAAUUUCAUAUGGCGAGAUGAUUUUCUGUGAGAAUGAUGGUUGUAAAAUUGAGUGGUUCCAUUUCAGUUGCGUUGAUCUUACAGCGAAGCCUAAAGGACGAUGGUUCUGCCCGCAAUGUAGGGGAGAUAAGCCGAAUGUAAUUAACAAAAACCUGCGUAAAAAGCAGCAAGAAAGUUCAAUAUAAUUAAUUUAACUACGGAUUUGUGCUGUUUUUUGUAUUGAUUGCGUACUACUAUGUGAAAUAGCUAAUAAUAAUGUAAAUUAAAUUAUUUGUGUGUAAAAUUUAAGGAUGUCUUUUAAAUGCGAAUGUGGAAAGUAUUGAUGAAAUCCGGUGAUCUUUUUAAAACAGUUUCAAACUCCAGAAAUGAUAGCUUUCCGUC